AUGGGUGGGCAGAAUAUGGGAAGAGAAAUGAUAAGGGAACUAAUUGAGCCUUCAAAUAACAGGCCAAAUUCUUUAUCCAAAGAAAGCGAGAUAAUUGAUGAUGGAAAGUUUAAGAAAGUUGAAGACACAAUCUCAGUGAAUAAAGGUUCUCCAGUUGUAAUAAUUGAGGAUAAUAUUCCAAAUGAGACAGGAAAUAGCUUUAAAGGGACACGAGUUGUAAAUGAGGGCCCUAAGUUGGUGGAUGUAGAGGGUGGGGCCUUAGAAGAAUGGGGUAGCCAACCUAUUUCCACAAAUGACAUGAUGGCCCAAUGGGCUGUUAAAGACUUUAUGGAUAUCCCCAUUUCUUCCCUAGCCCAACCCAGGAGUUUACCUAAAUUAGGGGAAAUAGGGGUUGACGAAGAAAGCGUUCUCAAACAAGAACCAACAGCCAUGAAGAAAUGGAGAAGAAAGGAGAAGGGUCUUUCAUCAUUUGUUCAAACAAAAUCCCAGAAGGAUCCCAAUGGCAAACGAAAGUAUAGAGAAAGAAAAGAAGCUCUGGGUUCAGGUUUGGACGUGAGUGCAAAGAAAAAAGCUAAGGUGAGACCAGACUUAAGUGCUUUGAACUUGGUAGAGAUGGAAGAUGUAGCAGUGGGAACUGGUCUCCAGUCCCACCAAUCAUCAUGA